AUGGUAGGAUUAGUGGGAUCUACCAAGGCAAAACCUGCAGAUCGAUUGAAUGAAAGUAAAAAUAUCUUACGUGGUAUUGUUGGACAUCUCCGUCAGGAUUUCUCUCGCCUAUGGAUGUCGUGGAACUGUGGGAUGCCUCAGCUCCUGGAUGGUACUGCUGAAUAUAGUCAGAUGUUGGAACCAGAAGAAGCCUUGUUGACAACAAGGUGGGCAGGAUUAGUUGAGACAAGUAGGUUGAUGUGGAAAGCAAAUUCCCAAGCAGAGAUUGUAGAGGCCACACCUAUGGAUGAGGGAGAAUUGGCCGAGCAACAUCUGGCCAACCUUGAUGAAUACCUUGAUGAAGACAACGGUGAAGAGGAUGAUUUGGAAGAGGUCAACAAGAAUGAAGAUGUUGAUUCAGAUGAGGGUAUUGAUCUUGAUUAA